GGUCGAUGAUUGUUGAUGUUUAUAUUUGAGCCAGACAAGAUUUCGAUAAUUGCAAAAGCUGUAGGCAGAAAAUAACUUUCUAAGUGCUCUGAAGUUCUCGUGGAUGGGAGAAGGUAAUUACAAAACAACAUUAUCAGUGUGGUUAUGCCUUCUAUUUCAUUAUAAUGGGAGUGAAAGGGGAUGGAAACUCAAAUGAGAAACAGGGUCCCAAUGGGACUGGCUCCUCUGGCAACAGUGAAGAUAUAUUUAAAAUAUCAUUGGCAGAACAAAUUUGAUAUUGUGGUGAGAAAGGUUAGCUCCAGGUUUAAGAAUGUUUAGUCUUCUUCCAGGUUCCCCACUGACCAACUAAUGAACGUCUAGGGGUAAGAAAUGCAAUGCACCUAUUGAAUGCUCAUUUCCCAUCAUUCCUUUUGGCCUCUAAAAUUUAGAUUGCAAUUCUAAUAGAAGGUAGGUUGAAAUGGUAAACAUUGGACUUUCUGCCUACUUAAAACCUGUUCACCAGCUUUCGACCUGACUCUGAAGAGUCCUUCGUUUGGCAUGGUCAUGAAAAUUACUUUUUAAAAGUACCAUCUCCAUGUACAGAUCCUGAUGAUAUAACUAUUUAUACGUUAUUCCCUGCUGCUUAGGUGACCCCGGUUCCUCAAACCAAUGGCCACAGGCACACGUCCCUGGGUCUCCUUCUCUUUAUGUUCCAUGAUCUUUACUCUAGUUCUAAUUUGUAGUCUUACACUAGUUCAUUCAUUAACCUUACAAUCAGAAAUCGAAGUUCUUAGCGCGCUGAAACGUUCCAUUGAUCCCAACACGAUUCCCCCAUCAUCUUACCUCAGUACUUGGGAUUUCUUAGCGGAUCCAUGUGAAAGUACAGGGGCAAAAUUUCUGGGAAUUUUAUGUACUAUUCCUUUGGACAAUUCAACAAGCCGAAUAAUAUCAGUGGAUCUUGAUGGCGCAGGGUAUGAUGGUUUUCUUACACCCUUAAUAGGAAACCUGACUGAGCUCACCUCCCUUGACCUCAGCCGAAACCGAUUUAGAGGGCCAUUACCUGAUACCAUAUUCAAUCUCAAGAAGCUAACACGAAUUUCCGUUGCAGGCAAUUUUUUCACUGUCAGCAUCCCUGCAUGGGUCUAUCUACUCAGGGAGAUUGAAACAAUAGACCUCUCGAAAAACCUCCUGUCGGGUCAAAUCCCUGACAGACUUUCUGCACUACGAAGAUUGACCGUGUUAAGGCUGUCGAACAAUGGAUUCUCGGGGAGAAUUCCUAACAUUAAUGGACUAUGGCAGCUCCAGACAUUAGAGCUUGACUCCAAUAUGUUCUUUGGAAACUUGCCAAUGCUUCCUAAAAGGUUGAGAACUUUGACUUUGUGCCACAACCUACUUUCAGGGCAUAUAACAUCACUAGGGACGCUUGAGCAUCUAAGAUCGGUUGACGUGAGUGAUAACAGGUUUUCGGGUUCCAUUAGCAAGGGAAUUCUUGCAUUGCCUCUGUUGAAUCACAUCAAUGUUUCCUUCAACCAACUCACGGUAAUGGAGGUGAACAACACUUAUGAGAUUCCGUCCCCACUUCAAGUACUUGACGCACAAGAGAACCAUCUGCAAGGUCAUUUGCCCCUUAAUUUGGUCACCUACGAGAGCUUGGCAGUAAUUAAUCUAGCCCACAAUCGAUUCACUGGUGGGAUCCCCAAGGAAUAUGGGGAUAGAUUGGGAAACCCGUGGAGAGCCUUGUUUUUAGAUCAUAACUUCCUGUCAGGUCGUCUUCCACUACAGUUCGAUAGUGGCGCAGCGAGGAUCAGAGGCAGUCUUGCAAACAACUGCCUGAGGUGCCCAGUAAACAUCCCACUUUGCCGCGGGGGCCAGAGACCAGCUUCAGGAUGCGUUGGUGAGAAUGAUGGGCAUUAGUGAAAGACCAGUCAAGACAACAAAAAAGGCAGAGAACAUAUUCUAGCAAUUGAGACUUAAGUCUAUUCAUUUCCCUUGUGUGGGUAUGCACCUCAAAGGACUUGAAAAACUGGCUCAACCUUCGAGAAACGAGAUGUAAACAAUGAAGUUCUUCUUAAAGAAUUUCCCAGUGAUUUGUAAAAAUCUCUAAUUCUAGAUCUUUUAUAGUUUCUUUACACUCAAGAACCGUAAUGAUUCCAAAAAACGGAAAAUCUAUUGUGACUUUCACAGCACAUGGAAAUUGAUUUCUACAAAUAUGAUAAACAAAAAAUUUAACCAAA